AUGGUGUAAUACUAACCACCAGAGCGAUCUAGUUUAGCGAGACCACUCUCCCUUCAAAGAGGCAAGGAAUAAUUGAAUUUCAUCCCUGCCUAUCCGACCUUCGAUGGCAAAAGAGGUACUCUUGGUUCAAUAGGUUGGGGUGUGGAGAAGCUUAAGUUCAAUGGAACUCACAAUUUUUAGAAAUCUUUACUGAUUCCGAGCAGAGAACAUUUAAAAUAUAUCGAUAGAUCAAAGAAUGAAUAGUUUACCACAAUGACUGGAUUCUUCUCAAGUCAUAAUGAUAAAAAACUAGACUUGAAUCCAUAGGUUUUCUCGUCACUAAAUAUGGUAGCAUAAAGAUCUACAUUAAAAAGCUUAGAUGCUUAAAGAAGAAGUCAUCUCCAGGCAUCAAUGUCCUAGUAACUUAGAAGAUCAAGAAAAACUGGUGAGUAUUCUCAUAAAACGAUGGGAUAUGGUGGAGGAGGCAGUGGAAUACUUCCAAUUCAUGAGACUAAGAAAUAUAAAUCUUUCCCAAAGUUAGUCAGUCUUAUGAGCAAUCCUUUUACAAAGUCCGGAUUAAAUAUUGGAAUAAAUUAAAACAAAAUGCUUACAGAUGAAACUCUUAGAAACUCUGGAUUCGGACCGACCUCAAAACACAUGAAAUCGAGAAGCACAUACUAUAAAACUUGCCGUGGAUGCUCAGUAAACAUUAACAGAUUAGUAGUAACAAGAAGCAUAGAUAGAAAAACUUAGGACUCUAUAGUUCCUGUCUAUCAAGAUGACAAAAAUUGA